AUGAAGAGAAAUUCUGCUAAUGGAGAGACUGCAACAUUUGCAACACCACAAAGUGUAGUUGCUGCACAGAGGGUGAUUGACAACCAUUUAGAUGGAUUUAAGUCAUUUCUGUCUGAAGCAAUUGAAUUUUACCAAAAUCUGAUCUUCAAAAUCAAAAGAUAUUAUGGUCUCCCUGAAGAUUUUUCCUUCCAUAGCAGUGGUGGCAAGUCUGCUUCUGUUGAGCCAAAGAAAAUGCAGAAACUACAAUUUUUAUGCCAUCGCUUUUUUGUUUGUCUUGGCGAUUUUGCUAGAUACAGAGAACAAUGUGAAAAAUCUGACCCACAGAAUCACAAUUGGUCAGUUGCAGUCACUCAUUACUUGGAAGCAACAAUAAUUUGGCCAGACAGUGGAAACCCUCAAAAUCAGUUGGCAGUGUUGGCAACAUAUGUUGGUGAUGAAUUCCUAGCUCUGUACCACUGCAUUAGAAGUUUAGCUGUUAAAGAUCCUUUCCCUGAUGCAUGGAAUAACCUUAUUUUACUGUUUGAAAGAAAUAAGUCGUCCCAUUUGCAUUACCUUUCCAUUGAGGCCCGCUUUGAUUUUUUACAACCAUCUGAAAGUACCAUCUGGACUACAGCACAAUCCACUAAUGAGCUGUUGAAUUGCAAGCCUUUGAAAGCUGAAGAUACAGGCUCAAGGGAGACACAUUUGUGGCCUCUUAUCAUUAGAACAUUAAGUUUCUUCUUCAUAAAAGCCAGUUUUGAGGACUUUCCUUGUACAUUUGCAUCUACUGUUAAAGAGCUGGAUGUGUUGCUGGCACUAGACGAUGGAAAGCUAAAAGCUGCAAUGGAAUCAUAUCAGCAUAUGUAUUUAGCCAGGACUGGUCCUUUUAGAACCCUUCAAUUUGUCUCGAUACUCAUCUUUGUCAUCGAGAAUCUAAUAAAUGGCCUGGGUGGAAAAGAUUCACAUGAUAAAACUGAAGCACAGCAGCUCGUGUUAACACAAGCUGCAUUGACUGCUUCAUUCAUUUUCAUGGGACGCCUUACUCAUAGAUGUUUGAAGGCAGAAUUGUUGGACUCAUGCCCACUUUUACCAGCUUUACUUGUUUUCGUGGAGUGGUUGGCAAGUAUUCUUGAUGAACUAGAAAUAUAUGGAUCUGAUGAUAAAUGUUCAAGUGCUAUGUCUUACUUUUUUGGUGAGUUUCGUGAACUUCUGAAGCGAUUUGACAUUAACAGUGGUGAAGUCGAACCUCCUCCCAGCACUGCUCUUUGGGAAGACUAUGAGUUGAGAGGCUUUGCACCAUUAGCUCAUUCACAGGUGCCAUUAGAUUUUACAAGUCAUUGGGGACACAGAGACAGUUACGAAAAUGGAACAAAAUACCGUGUUAACCGCAUUAUUAAUGCUGCAAUGAAAAUUGCAGACAGAUCGAACAAUAAUCGCAAGUGGAUCUUCUAUGAUAAAUCUGGAAGAAAAUUUUCUGUUGGAGGAUCAGAUAAAUUUCCAGAUGGGGAAGUAUCUGAAAUGAUGGAGUCUGGUAAUGCUGUUGUUCAAGAGAAAGUGUUGAAUGAGCAAAUUUUCCAAUCUACAGAAAAAAGUGAGAAAGUGAUCUUUGAGGAAAAAUCAAGCCCUAUUGUGAAUGGAAAAUCUGUUUCCUUGGAGGAGGAAGAAGUAAUUCUUUUCAAGCCUCUCACAAGAUACAAUUCUGCACCACUUUAUAGCUCUAUCACCUCUAAUGAUCAAACACCUUCAGAAGACACUGGGGACCAAAUUGUACCUGCCGAUGAAUGCUUGCGACGUGCUACGUCACUACUAAUAGCACAAAACCAGGGCCAGGGUGAUUCUUCAGCAUUAAAUUCUGACUUCACUAAUUUCAGGUGCGACAAACCAAUGAAACAGCAGGAGCCUCUAUUAAAGGAUUCAGCAGAAUACCUGCUUUCAGAAGCCUCUAUCUCUCACGGGAGUCCCUCUCGCAGCACUUCCAUUUCUGCUGGGCCGCCCUCACUCAAUGCUUGGGUCCUCAAUAGAGGUUUGAGCAAUGAAAGGGUGAAAGGUAAAAGUGAUAUGAGUGAACAUAACUUGGCACCUAUUCAGGAAAUCGCUUCAGCAUCCAUGAAUGAUCUCUGUAUCAGUGAAACUGACUCUGUAAUGAGUUCCAGGCAUGAACCUACGACCCCACAUUACUCUCCUCCUCCUUAUUCUGCUCCAGUGCCUUCUGCCCCAUUUCUUCCGGAUGAUGCUGUCUGGCUUAAUGGCAGUCAAACUACUUUCACCGACUGCAAUAGCUCAGGAACAAUCAACAGGAUGAAUUCUAAUUUCUUUGAGGCAUCUCAAGUGAGUGGCUAUUCAAAUUGGACUGGCUCUCAUCAACCACUCGAUUAUGGUCCUGGAAUUCCAGGUUUCAUGGAUGCAUACACGCCAGUGCGUAGAAUGACUUCUUCUGAAUGGCUUCGUCAAUACAGGGAAAGUCAGAACCACGAGCGCAGCACUAAUCACUUAUGGCCAGUUCAUUCUUACACCAUUGGGAACACUGGAAACUUCCAUGACGUAUCCAGGUCUGGUCUUUUUGACCAGUGGGGAACUCCUUUGGCUUCUGACCAAUACAUUUAUGAAGCGAGCCCUCAAUUGCUUCCAGGUUUUCCCCCUGUUUAUGAAACUGAUGAUCAAAGGAACAAGUUCUUUUAUGGUUACCAAAGACCGAGCCCUUAUGGAUGUGGUGUUGUGAAUGAGCCGCAGCCACUCUUGCAGUAUCUCAAGGAGAAAGAAUGGCUGCUCCAGCAGGAUCCAACGUGGAGAGGUCCCGCAUAA